GAAGAAGAAGGAGGGGGGGAAACAGCCACACAAACUUGACCCUGCCUCUUCUCGCUGCCUCACGCUGCCACAGAUACUGCACAGAGGGAGCAAAGAGAGGAGGAGGAGAAGGAGGCUCGUCGAGACCGGCCUCGGAAGAAGAGGAAGAAGUUAAGAAGGACGGGAAGAAAGAGAGCGAAAGGGAGAGAGAGAGAACACAGCAAGCAGGGACGAAGGAAGCGAAGGGAUAGCGAUACAGUAUAUGAAGAGAGAGUGUGUCAGGGUAAAUAAGACUCUUAGGUGUUGGUAGAGGGGUAGACGGUGGUGUUUUUUAAGCAGACCUGACUGGCUCGACCUACUGGCUUCACCUUCCUGUUGGUGUGGUAGCACUUCCUGUCUCAGCUGAUCACUUCAGCAGAAGUGUUUCAGUGUGACUGUGUGUUUGUGCUUGUGUGUGUGUGUGGAUAUGUUUUUCCUGCCUGACUCAACGCUGCCAACUUUGACAAACCAAAGCCAGUCAGCCUGAACUGGCCUGGACGAUGCGACCACCAGCCAAGGCCACAAGCUCAGGUGGCUACCUAGCGUAGCUUUGCCUAGCCUAGCCUGUCGUGCUCACUAUUUAGGCCUACUAGCCGAGCCGCUAUCACGCCAACCUAUUAGCUACCAAUCAACCAGCCAGCCAGUUAGGCAGCAACGCCUAGGCAACCGCCAAACCAAAAAAACGUUACAUGCCACUAUGAUGCGAGCAUGAGUGAGGCCACGGAACACCUUGACCAUGACAUGGCUGAGGACGAGUUUGACCCCUCUGAAAGUGGCCCCGUCGACAGGAUAGCCUUGGCCUCCAUCUUGGACCAGCACAGGAAGAGCAUCAAUCACACCCUGGGCAUGAUCCCUUUCUCCUACCGCCGACACUCCUGGGUCUGCUUCGAUGUGGAGAAUGGGCCGUCUGCCAGCUGCAGUCCGCUGGACCCGCAGGCCUCGCCGGGCUCGGGCCUGGUGCUGCACACCAACUUCCCCGGACACAACCAGCGCCGCGAGUCCUUCCUCUACCGAUCAGACAGCGACUAUGACCUCUCACCAAAGUCCAUGUCACGCAACUCCUCCAUCGCCUCUGAGCUCCAUGGAGAUGACCUGAUCGUCACGCCUUUCGCUCAGGUUCUUGCAAGCCUUCGAAGUGUACGAAAUAACGUCACAGUCUUGACCAAUGUCCAGUGUGCCUCCAACAAGCGGUCUCCUGCAGGACCCCAGCCCACCAUCACCAGAGUCUGCCUGCCAGACGACUCCUACCAGAAGCUGGCCAUGGAGACCAUGGAGGAGCUGGACUGGUGCCUGGACCAGCUGGAGACCAUCCAGACGUACCGCUCCGUCUCGGACAUGGCCUCCAACAAGUUCAAAAGAAUGCUGAACCGGGAGCUGACGCACCUGUCCGAGAUGAGCCGGUCAGGAAACCAGGUGUCUGAGUUCAUCUCCAGCACCUUCCUAGACAAGCAGAACGAGGUGGAGAUCCCCUCACCCACGCCGAAGGCUCGCGAGAAGAAGAAGAAGCAGCAGCUGAUGACUCAGAUCAGCGGCGUGAAGAAGGUGUCCCACGGCCCCACGGUCACCAACUGCAGCGCCAUCUCUCGCUUCGGAGUCAAGACGGACAAGGAGGACCUUCUGGCCAAGGAACUGGAGGACCUAAACAAGUGGGGGCUAAACAUCUUCACCGUAUCAGAGUACUCACACAACCGGCCUCUCACCUGCAUCAUGUACGCCAUCUUCCAGGAGCGGGACCUGAUGAAGACGUUUAAGAUCCCGGCCGAUGCGUUUGUGACCUACAUGAUGACGCUGGAGGACCACUACCAUUCGGACGUGGCUUACCACAACAGCCUGCACGCCGCAGACGUAGCCCAGUCCACCCACAUUCUGCUGUCUACGCCCGCACUGGAUGCUGUUUUCACGGACCUCGAGAUCCUUGCUGCCAUUUUUGCUGCUGCCAUCCACGAUGUGGACCACCCAGGAGUCACCAAUCAGUUUCUCAUCAAUACAAAUUCUGAGCUGGCCCUCAUGUACAAUGAUGAGUCUGUGCUGGAGAACCACCACCUGGCUGUGGGCUUCAAGCUGCUGCAGGAGGACAACUGUGACAUCUUCCAGAACCUGACCAAGAAGCAGAGGCAAUCCCUCAGGAAGAUGGUCAUCGACAUGGUACUGGCCACAGACAUGUCUAAGCACAUGAGCUUAUUGGCAGACCUUAAAACCAUGGUGGAGACAAAGAAGGUGACAAGUUCUGGAGUGCUGCUUCUCGACAACUACACUGACAGGAUCCAGGUGUUGCGCAACAUGGUGCACUGUGCGGACCUGAGCAACCCCACCAAGUCGCUGGAGCUGUACCGGCAGUGGACGGACCGCAUCAUGGAGGAGUUCUUCCACCAGGGCGACCGCGAGCGGGAGCGAGGCAUGGAGAUCAGCCCCAUGUGCGACAAGCACACCGCCUCCGUGGAGAAGUCUCAGGUUGGCUUCAUUGACUACAUCGUGCACCCUCUGUGGGAGACCUGGGCAGACCUGGUCCACCCAGACGCACAGGACAUCCUGGACACGUUGGACGACAACAGGAACUGGUACCAGAGCAUGAUCCCCCAGAGCCCCUCGCCACCUUACGAGACGGACAAAGAGGGUCAGGGUGGCAUUGGCCCAGGGGACAAAUUCCAGUUUGAAAUGACACUCGAGGAGGAGGACUCUGAAGGCACGGAGAAGGACGAGCAGAGUCAGGGAGAUGAGGAAGAGGAGGAGGAGGAUGAGGAGGAGGAGAGAGGAGAAGGGCAGGAGGAAGAGCCUAUGGAACCGGCAACCACGCACAUUGAGAUCGUCACGCAUGACGCCUCACCCGUGGACACAUAGGACCUGCUCUUAACCGGUCAGUCACUUAAACAUGGCCGACACGGGUCUUUCUCGUUUUCCCUUAUCAAGAGGAAAGGAAAUCUUGCAUAAAGGCAAUGUUUUUUGAGGAGCCCAAAGGGGAGGGGUCCCAAUUUCGGUCCCCUUCAGUGGGGGGGUACUGAGUCAUACCCCUCCAUGCACUUGCUUUUGGAGCCAGAGAUGGACAGUUUCAGUGGGAACGACCACAGUGCUCUCAGGAACAAAAAUGCUGCAGACAUUUUGGACCUGAUUGUUUGACAGGUGACUUGGGGGGAAAAUGAAGGAUCGGGGCCAACCAAAUGACGUUUUGUUUUUUCGUCGAGACAAACGUUACACGCGUUGACACUACUGAAAGAGAGGAUGUUUUUGUACCAAGUGACUUUUUAUCAUGCUAACGGGAUGUCAGGAGGUAGCAAAAUGAACUACUGACAGACGUUAUUUGUAAAGAAAAAAACUGUUUACUUUUUUCUGUACCAUUUGUCUACAGACUUUGUGUGCCUUUUUUACUAUUGUCUUUUUAAGAGUCUUUUUUAUUUAUUGAACACACUUUAGUAAAAAAAAAUUAUGUGAAAUGUUUUUUGUUUUCUAAAGAAAAACAGCUUCAAAGUAGAUUUGUUUUGUACUUCAGCAGAAUACGAGAACACAGUGUCUUCCUGCAAUGUUAGGCAAUAUUAAGGAUAAUCCAAACAUUAAACCACCGGUUGAGGUCUAAAUUGUACACAUGAAACGUGCACUUUCUCACAUUGUUGUCAUUUUUCUUUUCUUUUUUCGUAUGUGCACAAUACUUUUUUCUGUGUCGACUCAGCUCCCCUGAUAGCAGCCUUUAUGUCAGCUGGCAAUGAAGGUCCAACACCCAUCUACGCACUCGUAAGAAGUGCAUCAAACGAAGUACCCCCAGUUUAGAGCCAGUUUCCAAUGCCUUGGAAAACCUGAGUCAAUACAAAUGCACUUUGGCAAAAAAUCAUUUGUUGGCAAAAGUGUAAGCAAGCUUCAAAGGUUUGAAAAAAAAAACUAGUCCCAGCUUGUCCCCUCGCCUCUGAUCCGAUUUUUAUGACGCAAAGUCCUGCUUCCCAUCAAAUAAUUGGCAUUCGCCAUUCACAUGAAAAGGACCCUUAAGCGAAUCUUAACUACCGGAGCAGACCUUCUGUGUGGAAACAGGCAGCUGUCUUCACAUCAAAGGAAAAUUGCCCUUAUAAAAUCCAGGUUGCAUAAAGUGGCGAGUAGCUAGUCAUCUCUUUUAUGCAAGCGCUUCCACAAAAGACGUACUCUGAAGUGGCGACUAUGCAUUGACGUCAUAAGCAAGAUGUUGUAAUGUUUCCUCUUACUCAAGCCAAUGUGGUGCACUGGCUCAUGCAUUCCCCUUGGUUGGACUGGCUCUAAAAUUCACAUCAAAUCAGAUGGUAACACAUACACACUGUUUAUUAAGUGUGUAAAAAAAAUAAUAUUAAAUAAACAACCCCAUGAAUUUUAGUGGAGGAAUUCUUCUGGGUUCCUCUGGCAAUGCUGUACAUUAUUAGUUCACAAAGAUUAGACUAGAAUUAAAUAAUAGUGGAAUUGAGUUUCUUUUCAUUGUUGAACCUCUCCAUUGAUUAUUCUACGCAACACUUAAUCACGAUUCAGUCCAAUUUCCAUGUGUUGUUUGCACUUCAUGGUACUUCAACUACCCCAAAUCUAGUUCACUAUAAACACAGAAUUAACUUAAGGCCAGUAUGGCAUUUUCACAAGCAUAGAUGUGUGGUUUUCCGUAUGAGUGUAUCAUGACGAGUGAGUAAGUGUGUUUAAGUUUGUAUGUGUUCUGCACAUGUACAGGACGUGUGCAUGUAUAGCACAGUUUGCACGUGUGCGUGUGAGUGAUCCAAGUUCCCAAUGUGUGCAUACUGCAUUCACCUUCAAAGACUUCAAACCCCAUGUAUCAUCAGCCCCCAUCUUCUUCAACUUUGUCUGGUUUGUCACUCAAGCUCACGUCGGUCCUCUUGCUGUUCAUAACAGUAUAUUUAUUAUUCUAGGCUGUAAAUAAGAAUGACGAUGUUUCAUUGUAAAUCUAUUUUAAUUUAUAUGCACUUGCAUUACCGAAGAGUGGUGGUGUUUCAUGUGUAGUGGGCUCACAGAUUGAGCCCUGUUUCUUUUUUUAUUUUGUUUUAUUUUAUUUGGUAAUAUAUUGUUAUGUUUUAUAUAUAAAUAAAUAUAUAUAAAUAUAUAUAGAUAUAGAUAUAUCUAUAUGAAUAUAUCCGCACAAUGUCUGACUGCUUCAAUCAGCAGCCUUUUUUGAGGCAUAUGUUACCCAGUGGCUGGAAUUGCACAACACUGGCCAAAGUAGUAGUGGCCCUGUGCAGGGUGUCUUGGGGGUCAAAGGUCAGGACAAAAAAAAAAAAUGGGCGGCAGGAAUGUCCACUCUCGGCAUUUCACUGCACUUGGAACGAGUUGCAUUUUGAAUGCAGACUGCUGAUAGAGUUUUGGUUGAAAUAGGUUUGAAAAAAAGAAUACAGCAAUCUCCCCAAAUACACACACAUGCACGCAUGCGCGCGCACACACACACACACACACACACACACACACACACACACACACACACACACACACACACACACACACACACACACACACACACACACACACACACACACACACACACACACACACACACACUCCGUGUCAUAUCCGACUGAGGGGAACGUAUUGGCAGCAUGUCACAUUAUUACUAGAGCACCAAUGUGAAUUGAUAUUAUGACAAAAAAAAUGUGAUUAUCUGUAAUUAUUUGUGCUAAUGUGAAACUACUUUUUUCUGACCAAACUUGUUAGCAGUUUUGAAAUUCAAAUUGUCAGUAUAACGUUGUUCGAUCUAUGUUCAAUCUUUUGCUCCGAGUUGUGCCCAAAUGAUUAGCCCCAGUUAGCACUCUCUGCAUGACAGACGGGUUUUCUAUGUCUGUAAAAAUUCCCGCAUUGUUGCAGGUGGGUAUUCAGUGUUUCACACAAUGUAUGGUAUAAUAUUGUAUAUUGUGUUCAAUAAAAUCUGAAACUACUUUUCUAUGAAGUGAUUAAAAUAGAAAGCAUGAAUAUAAA